UACUUGUCUAGAGCCCUACGGCUAGUGCACUUCGGAUAAUUGUGGCAGAGGUGUCACCGACCGCUCCUCAAACAGAAUAUGGUUGACAAGACGUUGUCCAAACAAAGCUUCAAAGACUUGGGCUUAGACCCCUGGCUGGUUGAGGCCCUCAAGUCGUUGUCUAUUCGAGAGCCAACCGAAAUUCAGCGUGCGUGCAUACAACCAAUUCUGUCGGGAAGGGACGUUAUCGGAAGUGCAACGACUGGUAGCGGUAAAACUGCUGCUUUUGCGCUUCCAAUACUCCAAAAGCUGGCAGAAGAUCCCUAUGGUAUAUUUGCACUGGUGCUGACACCAACAAGGGAGCUUGCCUUUCAGAUCGCCGAACAGUUUCGAGUUUUGGGAACUGGGAUAAAUUUAAAGCAGUCAGUUGUUGUCGGCGGGUUGGAUAUGAUGACACAAGCCUUGGAGCUUUCUCGACGACCCCAUGUUAUUGUGGCGACGCCAGGGCGACUUGUUGAUCAUAUCAACAGCAGCACAAAUGCGGUGAAUCUGAAGAGACUGCGCUUUCUUGUUCUUGACGAGGCAGAUAGAUUACUCGACGAUACUUUUGCGGAUGAUCUGGCUUGCAUUCUUGACCAACUACCGAAGCAACGGCAAACCUUGCUCUUUAGUGCCACGAUGACACCUGAGAUCGAGUCACUGAACUUCUCGACAACAGCAAAGCCUUUCACCUAUCAGUGUAAUACAAGGUUUGACACCGUGGACAAGUUGGACCAACGAUAUCUCUUCAUAUCGUCGACAGUCAGGGAUGCCUAUCUCGCGUAUCUCCUAAGGAGCAGGUUCGAGGGAAAAACAAUGAUCAUAUUCACCGGAAAAUGCCGAACGUGCGAGCGGUUGCGGAUUAUGUUGCGCGAAUUGGGGUUCAAAUCUACGGCACUGCAUGCCCAGAUGUCUCAAAAUGAUCGGAUAGGAUCUCUGGCGAAGUUCAAAGGUGGGAUUGUUCCCAUUCUUCUGGCGACCGACGUCGGUAGUCGUGGUCUUGACAUUCCGACAGUUCAAGUUGUAUUGAAUUACGAGUUACCCGCGGAUGCAACUGACUAUAUCCACCGUGUCGGUCGUACCGCACGAGCAGGACGAGGCGGUUUGUCUUUGUCGCUUGUAACGCAGCACGAUAUCAAUGUUCUGCUCAAUAUCGAGACAAAAAUGAAUAAAAAGAUGCAAGAACUGGAGGUUGAGGAGAAUGAUGUCUUGGAAAUGCUGAAUGAAGUAUCAUUGGCACAACGAGUCGCCAAUAUGCAUUUGGUGGACACAAAUUUUGGACAGAAACGGAAUAUAAAUCGGGAGAAGGGUCAGGUCAGGGCUCCAUAUUCAAAACGACGGAAAACGGCGGAGACAGACCAAGCUCCAAAGAGAACAUAGGCUACUUGGAGAGGUGUAAAUUAGCACUAUAUAGAGUACUUGCCAUGUAGAUAUUAUUUUCCGUGGGAAAGUGACGCGGGACCAUGUAGCACAGGAUUUCAAUGCAUAUACUAAUAGAAUAGAUCUAUGUUGGUGGUGCAGUAGAUUUACG